CAAUGGUUAAUUUGAAUUGAACUUCAAUCAAGACGUAACAUAUUUCUCAUGUCAUUUCCCCGUUUCAAUCGCUAUAAAGUUUCUCUUUCUGCAAUCUGCAUUUCUCCAACAUCACACGCAACACUCACAGUUCCUCUUUCUUUUCUCGUCUUCAAACACUGUCAUCUAAAAUCUUCACAUCACAACCAUUUCUCACAGCAGAAUGCUACUCACUACUUCAGACAACAAACCCAGAAACAGAACCUGGGACCGUGAACAUGAUUUAUACAUUUACCUUCAAAACAACAACACUGUCCUCAAAACACAAACUAACGACUUCAUGUUCAACCACUUUAAUACCCUUCUUCAGAAAUUCGUUGUUCGGAAUCCAAAAGCUGACUCAGAAUUGAUGCAGUUCACAGAUGGUUCAUCCAGCAUUCUACAAUCUCUGCUGCUUCAUCUUCAGAACCAAAACAGAGAAAACACUGCUGAAGAAAACGUCACAGAGGAUGAGGAGGAACAUAAUAGGUAUUUAUUGAAUCAUUUGAAGCCUUGUGGAAAAUCUUAUUUACUAGAAAUCAUUGAGGAUGGCGUCUUUGUAAAAUACGAGGAUGAAUCAUCGGAUUCAAAGAAGUGUAGUAGUAAGGGUAAGAAACUGAAAGGUGCAAAAGUUUUUGCUGCUAAGAAACGUGGGGUUAAGAUUAACAGUGGUGGUAACUGUAAAAGAAAGAGGGUAAAAAUGAAUCAUGUGAUUGUGAAUGUGAAUGGAGAAGGUGCUUCAAAUGUGAAAGAUGCAUGCUUUGAACAAACUGAGGGUCAACACAUUGGUAGUGGGAAAAAGGGUGAACAAUCUGAUACCCCAUCUUGCAUGGAAGUAGUGAAAGUGAAAGAUGAGAUUUCAGAUUAUGAUUAUGUUGAUGAUGAUGAUGUGAUUGUAAUAGAAAGGCCUGUGCAAAGUCUGGUUGGUGAUGAUUUUAGAGGAAAACUCUUGAACGAACUUAAUAGGCCUUACUGUGAAGAAGAGUGUCAGAGACUAUUGCGUGACUUUAAGGUUCGAAAGCCGGUCCAAAACUAUAAAGAUCUCCGUGGGCGUAUCAAAAUCUAUGAGGAAGAUUAUGAUGGAAAGUCUUUUUAUGAUCAUACUUAUGAUCUUGCAGAGGAAAUAGAAGCAGCUGGCGAUGAUCAUCCCAAAGUUCUGAGUCUUCUACGUGGAUAUUUCUUUUGGUUAAAAAAUGCAUCACAUGAAGGGGAGUUCAUGCCAUGGAGAGUCCCAUCGUUUUUGGAUGUACUACCACAACAAUAGGAAAGGAUGAUAGUUACUCUUUGGACUUGAUUUUCUCUAUGGUUAUGUAAGGCGGUAAUCAUGGAUGCACUAUUAAUGUCUUCCAUGUAAUUAGUUUAUAUCUUACUCGGUACGUCUAAAUUUAAAAUUAUUCAACAACUCUCUUUGCAGUUGUAGUUAAUGUUACUAUCUUUAAUUAGAAUUGUAGAAGUCUGGGAAAUUACUUGUUUUAACGACAAUGUUGUUAUCUUAACAGAAUUAUAGAAGUAUAGGAAAUUACUUAUUUUAA